AUGGCUCACCGCCAGGUUCCACAGCGCCGCCCCUCUUUCAAAGCCGCUCUUCCUCCUUUGCGUCGACAGCCCCGUGACAUCGCGGCUCUCCAUCCGGCUGACAACCUCAGUCUCGACAGCGAUGAUGGGAACGGUGGUGCAGCUAGCCAGCUACACCGACACAUUUCGACCAUGGUCAAGGUCUCCUGUCUGGGCAAGCUACGUCUACUCCUGAAGGACCCAAAGUCCAUGAGCAACAAAGCCAUCGAGAUCUGCGUCACUCUCCUCAGCCUUUAUUUAAUUGUCGAGCUGAAUAAUAUCCCUCAAGAAUGUGCCUUGAUGAGUCCUUGCCUCACUAUUUACUUUGAUGCUGGGGGAUCCAUGGAUCCAAGCUUUCCCUUUGCUUCUUGUGGUCAAAUGCGUCGCGACUGCGAGGUAUUGCCUUGGUUGUCCUUUUCCAGAUAUCUGGUAUCUCCCGAGGACGAUGCUGAGAGCGCGCUCGCCGACUCACCCGACUUGUCGCCAUAUGUGGCGUUUUGCGAGUGCAUUGAUGGUUCCGUGGACGAGGUCUUUUGCUCCUUCUACUUUUCUACUUUUAUCUUCCUUCUACUUGGCAUUCUUGUCAUCUACUUUGCAGAGGUGACCAAUGAAGAAGACAACACCGAGACCUUGACCAAAGAGAAUCGCAACCCACGACGUUGCGCCCACAGUGCCUGCGUCCUCUACUUUUUGGUCGCUCUCCUAUAUUACGACCGACUCGUGGGCUGUUCCGGUCCCGACUUUGUUGAAGCUCAGCGGACCACUGUCUUCCUCAGUGCCGGUGCGAAGUAG